AUGAAGGAGAGAAGGGCCAGCCAGAAACUGUCCAGCAAGUCCAGCAUGGACCCGAACCCGAACGUGAAGUGCAAGAUAGUGGUGGUGGGGGACGCCCAGUGCGGGAAGACGGCCUUGCUCCACGUCUUCGCCAAAGACUGCUUCCCCGAGAACUAUGUCCCCACUGUGUUUGAGAAUUACACUGCCAGUUUUGAAAUUGACACACAAAGGAUAGAACUCAGCCUCUGGGAUACUUCUGGGUCUCCUUACUAUGAUAACGUCCGCCCACUUUCCUACCCAGAUUCUGAUGCUGUCUUAAUUUGCUUUGACAUUAGCCGUCCAGAAACCCUUGACAGUGUACUGAAAAAGUGGAAAGGUGAGAUCCAGGAAUUCUGUCCCAACACCAAAAUGCUUCUGGUUGGCUGCAAGUCUGACCUGCGCACAGAUGUUAGUACAUUAGUGGAGCUAUCCAAUCACAGGCAAACACCAGUGUCAUAUGAUCAGGGUGCCAACAUGGCCAAGCAGAUCGGAGCAGCCACUUACAUUGAAUGCUCAGCCCUGCAGUCGGAAAACAGCGUAAGAGACAUUUUUCACGUUGCUACCCUGGCGUGUGUGAACAAAACAAAUAAAAAUGUUAAGCGGAACAAGUCACAGAGGGCAACAAAACGAAUUUCGCACAUGCCCAGCAGGCCGGAACUUUCUACAGAUAUGCGGAAGGACAAAGCUAAGAGCUGUACAGUGAUGUGAAGGAGCCUAUUUUGUAACGGAGGUGCAAAG